CCUGGAUGGAAAAUAUUAUACUGUAGCCAACUCUAACCCUACACACACUUUAUUUCCUUUAUGUCCUUAUAAUACUCCUGACUCUCUGAGGCUGUGACAAUACUGACUAAUGACCACAGACAAUAUAGUACUUGCGCACUCUCCAGUUCCUCAAACUUCCGUGUUACACACCUGCGAGGGCGACCGAAAGGCAGGGCUCUGAAACUGGAUACACCUGCGCCACAGGUAUUUUUACAGUACAUACAUCAGUGAAACUGGCAGGUACACGCUGUUCAUUCUGUUUUAAAUACUCAACAUCUUAGCAUCUCAUCGGUACCAUGAGUGCGGAAUAUAGACUUUGCGAACUGGAAACGGUGUCCUUGCAUGUCAGUGACCAGGAAUCUGACCAUGGUCUGGACGACUCUCCAAAAGAAGUUCGAAAAAAUGUAUUUGAAGACGGUGGGAUGUUUUCAUGCACUAAUGGCACAGUAAACAGAGAAUCGUCGACAAAACCUGUACAGAUAGUGAAGAACCAUGUCAGCGAUGCAAAUUCCCUAUCGGCUUGUGAAGAACCGAAAGUGUGUUCAGAUCAUGGAUGCGAACUGAAGUUAUAUUGUAGUACAGAAGGAAAAAUGAUCUGCUCUCAGUGUGUGUCGGAUGGAUCUUGUCAGGGUCACGCGGUGACAGAACUGGUUACCCGGGCAGCAGCAGUAAGGAAUCAAUUGGUGGAUGUCUGUGAGAAGAUGCAGCUUCAAGCCCUGCGUAUUGAGCGAUUUAUCGACCGUACACUUACAGCAAGAGAGAAAGCUGUAGAUGCAAAUAGCGCGAGAGAGCGCGUGCUGUCUCAGGUGAAUGCAGUGCGUGAGGCUCUUGAGGAUGAAGAGCAGCAUCUCUUGGAGGCCAUACAACUUGAGGAGGAACGCGUGGAGCAAUGCCUACUUACUCAGAGAGCACACUGGACACAGACUCUAGAGAAACUCUCAAACGCACGCACCAGUCUAGUGCACAAACUUACACACUCCACAGAUGUCAUGCUUGUGAAUGCUAACCAGGAAAUAUACGACAGGGUUGAGGAUGCAGAAGGUGUCGGUGAACCCAGAGACACUGAGCAACUGAGAAUGAAUAGUGAAUGUAGCAUCAGUAAACUCUUGGUGGGCUUAUGGGCCAGUGCCAUACUGCUUGGACCAUCUGCCCACGGUUCAACAAAGCUACAGUUUGAAAAGAAAACAGUCAGCCCACUUCUCUCCCUCUCUGACGACCAGCGCACUUUAACAUUCCUGCCCAAACGUCAGCGUCAGACACCGCUCUAUGACCCAGCACGCUUCGACAGCUGGCCCAAUGCCCUCUGCUCCCCUCCCAUGUCCUCCGGCACUUACAGCUGGGUAGUCGACGUGGGAACAAGUGCCGCUUUUAAAGUGGGUGUAUGUUGUGCCAGCAUGGAACGCAAGGGGUCCGGCAAUGAUGCCCGGCUGGGCUACAACGCGAAAUCAUGGGUGCUUUCACAUUAUGAUGGAGACCUUUCCUUCUGCCAUGACGGAUGUAAUGUGGGUAUAUCUGUGGUUAAGAAGCUCAAGAGAGUAGGUCUGCUGCUGGACUGGCCCAGUCAGACGCUGCUGUUCUAUGAUCCUGAAUCUAUGUCUGUGCUACAUGUAGUCAAACAUGCUUUCAGCGAGCCUCUGCUGGCCGCAUGUGCUGUAGCUGAUCAGAGUGUCUCUCUAGUCAACUUAAAAAGAGUGAAGGAAUGAAGGUUUUUCUGAUACAGAAUCAUUUGAAGUGUAAUUUUUUUAUAAUGUUUUACAUUAUUGGUGCAAUUGAGGAUCAAUAAUCAUCACAUAAGAAAAGUGUGAUUCUCUCAGUAAUAUUGUAGAAGGAAAUUUGUUGUAUAUUUACACAGCAGUUAUUUUUGUCAGAAUAUUUGGACAGGCUAUGUAACAGUGAAUAUUUAUAUAUAUUUUUAAGUUAUUAAACAAUUUUAAUACAAUCCACUCUCUCUCUCUCUUUUAGAGCUGUAUAUAUGUUAAAUUAGUGCAAUUAUUGUUGACUUUUUGUAUUUAUUAUCCACAUCACAAAUAUCUGUGACAGAACACAACAUGCCUGUAUUUGAAAUUUGAAUAAUUAAAAUGGUUCUGAUCAUGUUUAAACUGGCAUAGUUAAGAUUUAAAUGUAAUAUUUACAUUGUUGUUUGUAAAACAAAAAAACUGUGUGCCAUCCUCAGGGGAAAAUUAUUGAUUGUAGCAGCCAGAGCAUGAUGGUCACAUCUGGAAAGUAAAGAUUAUUUGCGUUUUAAUCUGAUAUUGACCGAUGAACAACUGUUAUUUUCCAAAAAAAACAGCUUUUUUGCGAUCUAACGUUUUCUACAUAAAUCAUCUUACAUAAUGUAAAAACCCAUCAAACAGUUUGUAAGCCCUAUUCACUUAUUCUUUUUUACUAUGGAGUAAAUGGGGCUCACAAACCGUUUGGUUACAAACAUUCCUUAAAAUAUCUUCCUUCGUGUUCAUCAGAACAAAGAAAUGUAUGCAGGUUUGUAACAACAUGAGAGUGAGUAAAUGAUGGCAGAAUUUUCAUUUUUGGGUGAUCCCUUUAAUCCAAAGCAAGACUUACACCACUAGAGGGAAGCAGAGGGCAGAAAUCUCCCUUCUUUGUUUUAGAAUUAGAGAACAUGUGAAAAAACCCAGACAUAAAUCAAGAAACAAA